GAUGGAUUCAAGAAAUACGUGAUUCCUAUCAUUUUCAACCUUCUCAAACGCGGCGAAAGCUGGAACAAGUUUCAGAGCGUAGCGGAUGAGACCAUUUCAGAGUACAUCACAAGUUGCCGAGCAGCGGACAGAAGCGCGGCAACAAAUGUCGGAAGCGAUGGGGAGGAUGAGAUGGAGGUCGAUGACGAAGACGAAAGCGCCGUCUCGUGCAACGCUGGUGUAGCCGAGGCCAUUGCGCAUCUUUUCACACCAAAGGCACUUUUUCACUUCGUUUUCUUGCAAUCCGAGACGCCACUGAAGCUGCGACUCUUGCUGGAUUUCAACACUCUGCACGCUCUACCAUUGAUUCAUCCAGGCCACAGGCUCAACGCUGA